UUGAAGCGCAGACACCGGCGUUGUAUCCACUGGGCGAUGGAAAUUACUGGAGCUUUACUGAUCAUCGUUGGUUCCAUUGAAGUGAUCAAGUACAAACAGCAACAUUUUACUUCUCUCCAUGGAAUUCUAGGUGUAUGCGCUUUUAUAGCAACACUGAUAACUUUACUCAACGGGGCGAUGACGUCACUUAUUACCAAAUUUCCCAGCUAUGGGAUCACAGCUAUCAGCCUGACAACUGCCAGCAAAUGCUUACACGGUAUCACUGGAAUUGGUACCUUAUUUCUUGCCGCCGCGAGUCUACAUUACGGCUACAAUAAAGGAUCUUUCAGAAGAUGGAUUGACAACGAACAUUUCAUCAUUGUUCUUAAAGUCUUCACCUGGAUUUUUACCAUUUUCGUUGGUUUUGAGUUUUGGAUAGUAUUGGUCAAAAGGAUCAAGUGUAAAAAUACUAAGCCGAUGGGUUAAGUCUUUGGAUAGCGCGCCGGGUAGAUAUGAUCCGA